UUUGAGGCCUUUUCAUGGCAAAACUAGCCUAACUCGCAUGCGGGCAGAGCCUUAGAUAGCGCUCCCAUCACCUUUUGGGUAGGGGUGAGAAUGGAUCUGAAAGGAAUGGGGACUUGAGAGCGGAGGUCUGCCUAGGAUCCUUUUCAUCGAGUUUGCAGAUUUCUUUUCUCUCAUCUCAAAGUAUUUAAAUCCGCUAACGUCAUUUAACAUGUGCGGUCACGUGGUAUGUUUAGCGCGUUAUCACGAUUCCUUGAUUAAUUAUUCUAAUCUAUGGAUUGCGUUAAGCCAUUCUGCGGAGACUAGGCUUGUCAUUGGAUAGUAUUUUGUAUUGAGGGGCGGGAAGGGGACUGACGUGGGUGGAGUUUGUAAGAUCUGGGUGUGAAUUCUACCUCGACUAUUUACUAGCGCGACUUUGGAAAAGCUUCAGUUUCUCCAGGCGGCUCUCUUAAGAUGACAAUUGCCCGCGGAUGAAAUCCCACGUCGUGACCAAAUAAGAAGCUUCAUUUGAUCCAGAAAUUACUUUGCGUGUCAGAAGUCAUCAGCUCCAGCUCUAAGGAUUGCAGGAAAGGAUUUCAGACAAUCCCUGGAAGGAUGGUUUCCAAAAGCCGCAGGUGUCAACGAGACGUUUCCUAGCAAAGGUUAGUUAGCAAGUUUAUGCCAAUUCUCCCCAUGCUCAGGGUGGGAUGCAAACUUGGAGGGGGGCAGAGGCCUGACAGUCGGAGGUUAGAGCGGUAGCUUAGAGCUUGAAGGAAAAGAGAAAGCCGAGCAGUGUCUAAGAUUUGCGACCCCCAAACCCAAAAGCGGCGGCGUGGGAAGAUUAGAGAAAGCUUGGAGCGCAGCCGUACGGGGCGGAGCCGAGAAGGGAAGGAAAACGCCUGAGGAAGUAUGGAAGAAAGACUACAAUCCCCAUCAACCCCUUGGGAUCCGGAGGGGCAGCGCAUGCGUGAGGGGCGGCCCCCAACUCCCCCCAGUGAGGGAGGGAGGUAGGGAGGGAGGUCCCCGGCGACCGCUGCCGGGGCUGGGAGUCAGCUGCCGCGGGACCCGUGUGCGCUGGGGCACCGCGGCCGAAAGCGGGCUCGGGCUUGCAGCGGCCACUGGCUGGCAUUGGAGCCAGCCCUGCGCGGCCGCGGAGCAGAGCCGGCCGUGGGGCAGGCGGCGCCAGGUCAAGAGCUGGGCUCCGGGAGUGGAGAGGCGGAGAGGUUGCCCUCUCCGAAGCUGCAGCCCCUGCGUUUGCAGCGGAGAGAGGGAUGCGUGAGUUUCGCCUCAGCUCCGGGGGCAGGAUGUGGGAGUAGGACAAAGGCUGCCCGAGGGGGCGGGGAGAGCAGCUGCCCGGAGCAUCAGCCAGGCGCUGAGCUAACGGAGUCGGGCAAGUUUUCUUUACUCUCUACUUUACAACUUGCAAAAAAAAAAAGUCCUGUGCUCUGGGAAAGAGAGCCAAAGGGGAGGGGGCGUUGCAGGUAGCAAAAUGGAGGCGGGGGUGGGGAGAGAUCCCCAGGCUUGCUGGGGCUCGAGGUCCAGUCCGUAGACCCUCGAGUGCACUGCUCCUCUAUCCUAGGCUGCAGAAGGUAAUGGGGCUGAGGGUGGAGGCGGGACCUCGGGACGGGCGAAGUGGGGCGCUCCACAGCCUCAGUUAAAGUUGUCUUUCUCUGCCCAGGUGCGCGUUGAGAUCCCCGGCCACCCCAAAUUCCAACGGAGAGAAGCGAGGAUGGAUGAGCGAUGGUGGGAAGGACACCUGGCAUUGGAUAUUCACUGUACGCUCAGAGAAAAGGAGCUGAAGCUGCCUGUCUACAAAGCCCAGUCCCCCCUCCUUGAGAGCCGAAGGUAUUUUGUUGACUUAGUUUCUGUCCUCAGCAACCACUGCAAAAUCUGCCCCACAGCCAGACACCUGGCUGUCUACCUGCUGGACCUCUUCAUGGAUCGAUACAACGUGACUGCAAAGCAGCUGCAUAUCGUGGCCAUAGCCUGCCUUUUGCUAGCAAGUAAAUUUGAAGAGAAGGAUGAUCGAGUGCCAAAACUGGAACAGAUGAACAGCUUGGGCGUCCUAUGCAACCACCAGCUGGUGCUGAGUAAGAAGGAACUUCUCCAGACGGAGCUGCUCCUCCUGGAAGCUUUUGGAUGGAACCUCUGCAUGCCGACCCCAGCCCACUAUGUGGAUUACUACCUCUUGUUCUCUCUCGGGGAGAAGGACCUCUGCAACAACUGGCCCAUCUUCUCUUUCUCGAAAACCAAAGGUUUCUUGGAGAAAUAUGCCCACUACUUUCUGGAAGUCUCAUUACAAGAUCAUAUUUUUCACAGCUUCCCACCAUCUAUGGUAGCUGCAGCCUGCAUUGGGGCCUCUAGGAUUUGCCUGCAGUUCUCCCCCAUCUGGCCCAGAGACCUGGAGAGAAUAUCACAUUAUUCUAUGGAGCAGAUCAGUCCGUGUGUUAAAGUCAUGCUGUUGGCUUUCGACAGUGACUUCAAGGAUCCCAACAAAGUGAAGAACCAGCCACUAACCCUGCAGUCCCAGGUGUUAGUGCCCAGCACACAUCAGGCUCCUACCCAGGUGCUCUUCCAACAGCCAGCCUUCCACCAUCCCCUCCCCCAGCUCCCGGCUACUCUGCCCCAUAUCCAGGCCCCUGUGCAAGACUUGUGCUCAGCCUAUCGUGACACGCUCCAGCCCCACCAGGCUGGGAGCUUGCUCUCGGGAAGCACCGGCCCCUCUCUGUAUCACCCUUAUUCUGCCCUCCAGCCUUCAGCCGUCCAGGCUGUCACCAUCCCCGGACCCCUCCCCAGACAGAUUGGGGCAGAACCAAGACACUGCAUCUCUAUGGCCUAUGGGAGUAGCUACUUCAGUGGACAUCAUUCAUUCCCAGCUGGAUGUUUUGACAGAUAAAGUAAAGCCUCUCCAAGACUACAUUAAGCUCAAGGCCUGAGUGGAAGAACGAACGAACAGGGGAAUCUCAUAGUUGCUCGGCCGUCAGCUGUUGUGGGAGAUGUGUUAGGAUGUCAGCUGCAGAACUUGGUUAUUUUUAAGGCCUCUUCUCCCCAGGGCCUUGUUGAAGCACUGACUUAGGGGAAUUUUGCCCUUUUUAAAACUGUGAGAGUGGAAAAAUGCAAUAACAUACCUCACCAAGAACAUUUCCUUCUGAAAAUCUGGUUGUAUAGAGAUGGCUUCCAGUGCAGGGACUCCAGGGAAUCAGAAGGACCUGGCUGGUGGCCAGACUACCUGACCCUGGAUAGACUACUAGUCAAAGAAUGUUUCCUGUUUUUAUUGUUAAAAAAAAAAAAAAAGACUUUAUUUCUUAUCAAUGGCAGCUAUACCACUGUAAAAUGACACUGAGAAGUUUUUUGAUUCUUCUGGAAAAUGCCAAGAAUGUUGGUGCAGGUUUUUCUUGGCUUGGAUGUCAAAUGUAUGUUUGUUUCUGUUUUUAUUGUUUAGAUUUGUCACUGUUUUGUUGUUAUCGUUGUUUUAAUAGAGAAACACAUCUGAAUACCUGCCUUCUGGGAUUGGGUGGAUGGGUCCCUUUUUAACUUUUUUUUUAAACCUCAAAUAUUGCUCUGCCUUGUAGGUAUUUAAAGAUGCUGCUGCCUCCUGAAGUGACUUAGCUUUUUUGCUCAGUAAGAUGUCUUGUUUACAAAUUAUAUCAGGGAUUUAAUGUUACUUGAAGGUUCCUUAGGAAAAAAAAAAAAAAAGUUUUGUCUGUGAGUGAUGCACUGCCCAUAAUGCUAAAGUGUUCUAAGUUGAACUAUUUUAUGGCUUGCUUACUAAAAACUGAUAGCUAGACUUUCUUCUUGUCAGAAAGAAAAGAAAUAAUUAGCAAAGGUCGUUUUCUAAGCUUUUUGUAGUUCCAGAUGGCCCCUAGACUUUCUGCUAGUGGAGUUUUCCCCUAUAAUAAUCAGCCCCUAGAUAAGAUCUUUGAAAAGUAAAUGACAGUUUUGUUCUCUGCUUCUGUAAAGGAUGAGAACCUAGCCUGGGUUUUUGUUUGUAUGAAGCAAAGAGAUGGAGCAUUUGUAAAAAUGCAGAGAUGUGUUUAUUCAAGAGGAUGAAUGCCCUCAGAACAUUUGCUGUCAGAUUGGUCAGAUUGAAAGGGGCAGUAUUGGAGAAGGUUGGUGUACAUCUAGAGGGCACUGAUGGGAAGUUUGUCAGGAGGGUUGUUCCACAGAGGGAGCCCUAAAUCACAUUAUAUCUGACAAUAUAAACAAUGUGCAAUAAUAUUUUUUUUACUCUGACUUAUGUGGCCCAUGCUCAAUGUGUUUUUGAGGGUUGGGAGGCAGGGUGAGAAAAAGGUGGGGAAAGGGAAAAAUGAGAAGUUGGAUGUUGUCCCUCUAGCACCAUAUUAUGGUCCUUUCCUAAAGUAACUUUUAGGAGAAAUCAGUGACGUGUUUCCAACUUCUUUAAGACUACAACAGUGAAAACCCACCCCACCUUCCACCUUGGUGGGCACCAAAAGUUGGUCUCAAUCUAAUCUGAAUAACUUUUCUUGCAUAGAAAAGAUGAAGUUUUUAAUAAAAAGGUAGGUUGAAGGUGGGCGGGGUAGAUGAAAAACAUAAAUAUCAAGCAAAAAUAAAGCCUUAGAGUGAUGCAACAUUAAGCAUUCCUCUUUUGGAAAUUUGGUGUUUUUUUCUGAUCUGUUUUCAUAGUUUGCGAGCUCUGUCUGGUCUCUACACUAUUUUAUUGGGCAUCCUCUCAGGGUAACAGGUGUGGAGUUAAGGGUUGACAGCAGAAUCCAGCAACCAGCCCCACCUUUUCUUCCAUUUGGUGAAACUCUCCCUCUCUUUUCUGCUUCCCCUGCUGGUUCCUGGAGGAAAGCUCCCCCAAUAAAGAGCUAACUGAUU